AUGCUCCACGACGUUGAGGCCGCGCUCACUGACCCCUGCCUCCUCCGCUUCCCCUGGCGCUGCUUCCCCUUCUCCGGCUUUGUCGCCAUGGCCGUCGCCCUCGCCACCCUCGUCCUCGACUUCCUCGCCAUCCAGUUCUACGAGCGCAAGCACCACGCCGCUACCGCCGCCGAGACCGACGCCACGGCAGAGGACGACAAGGGGCGCUCCAUCGCCACGGCGGCGCUGGAGCCACCCGUGGACGAGGACGAGGACGAGGGCUCCGCCAAGGGCGGCGACACGGUGCACAUCAUCAGUAUGCGCGCGCACGCGGCGGCCCACGGCCACAGCCACCACCAUCACGGCCACGCCCACGGCCACGCGCACGAGGACGGGGACGAGGGCCAGGUCUCCUCGCACGUGCGCCACAUCGUCGCCCCCCAAGUGCUCGAUAAAGUCUAA